AAUUGAGCGGAAGUAUGGUAUGUUUAGCCGAUUAGAUGCAUGCUCCUUUGUUGCCAACGUGUACGAUGAGGGAAACACACUAAGCAUUGUAACAGAUAGUCAUUUUCAUGGUACCCAUGUUGCUGGAAUAGCUACUGCCAACCACCCUGGGGAGCACUUGUUGAAUGGAGUGGCACCUGGUGCACAGAUAAUAUCUUGCAAAAUUGGAGACUCACGCUUAGAUUCAAUGGAGACUGGAACUGGCUUGACACGGGCAUUGAUAGCAGCUUUAGAGCAUAAAUGUGAUCUUAUCAACAUGAGUUAUGCAGAGCCAUCCCUGCUUCCGGACUACGGACGCUUUAUUGAUCUUGUUACUGAAGCUGUGAACAAGCAACGCCUUGUAUUUGUAAGUUGUGCUGGCAACAAUGGUCCAGCAUUGACGACAGUUGCUGCACCCGGUGGAACAACUUCCAGUAUCAUCGGUGUUGGUGCCUAUGUUUCUCCUGCAAUGGCCGCUGGUGCCCAUAUGGUGGUGGAACCUCCCUGUGAGGGGCUAGUGGCCACUUGGUCCAGUCGGGGACCAACCUCUGAUGGAGAUCUUGGUGUCAGCAUAAGUGCACCUGGCACAGCUGUUGCUCCUGUUCCUACAUGGACACUUCAAAGACGAAUGUGUGCGAGUGGAACAUCAAUGGCAUCUCCUUCUGCUUGUGGAGCAAUUGCAUUACUUCUCAGUGCUUUAAAGGCUCAAGGCAUUCAAGUUAGUCCAUACAGUGUGCGGAGGGCCAUUGAGAAUUCAUCUGAAUCUGUAGGUGAUCUACCUGAAGACAAACUAUCCAUUGGACAGGGACUUAUACAAGUUGACAAGGCAUACGAAUACUUGAAACAAUUUCAGGAGUGUCCAUCUGUUUUCUAUCAGAUCAAGGUCAAUCUCUCUGGAAAAUCAUCCCCCACAUCACGAGGGAUCUACCUGCGGGAGGCUACUGAUUGCAGACAAUCUACUGAGUGGACGAUAAAAGUUGAACCAAAAUUCCACGAAGGCGCCAGUAAUUUAAAGGACAUUGUCCCAUUUGAGGAAUGUAUCGAGUUGGCCUCUACAGAUGAAGGAGUUGUAAGAGUUCCCAAGUAUCUCCUGCUCACUCAUAAUGGGCGCAGCUUCGACGUGGUUGUUGAUCCUACAAAUCUCAGCAAUGGUGUGCAUUACUUUGAAGUGUAUGGGGUUAAUUGCAAAACGCCAGAGCGUGGCCCAGUUUUCCGAAUCCCUGUCACCAUAAUAAAGCCCAUUACGGUGACACAUCAACCUCCAGUGAUUUCAUUCCCGCAAAUGUCAUUCAUCGCAGGCCACCUUGAACGAAGAUACGUAGAGGUUCCACGUGGUGCGACAUGGGUUGAGGCUUCAAUAAGAACUUCUGGGUUUGAUACCACUCGGCAAUUUUUCAUUGAAACGCUUCAGCUAUGUCCACUGCAAAGGCCUAUCAAGUGGGUGAACCUUGAGACUUUCUCAUCUCCAUCUUCUAAAAGCUUUUCAUUCCCUGUUGUCGGCGGUCAAACUAUGGAAUUAGCGGUAGCUCAAUUGUGGUUUAGCGGCCUUGGAAGUCAUGAACCGACUAUUGUUGAUUUUGAGAUUGCAUUCCAUGGCAUUGAUGUUGACAAAGAAGAGCUGAUACUCGAUGGAAGUGAAGCACCGGUUAAAAUUGAAGCUGAAGCACUUCUAGCUUCUGAAAAGCUUGUUCCCACAGCUGUUCUUAACAAGAUACGAGUUCCAUAUCGACCUGUUGAUGCAAAACUCAAGACUCUAUCAACCAGCCGUGACAGACUACCGUCCGGCAAACAGAUAUUAGCAUUGACAUUAACUUACAAGUUCAAACUGGAAGACGGAGCUGAAGUGAAACCGCAUAUACCCUUGUUGAAUAAUCGCAUAUAUGACAACAAAUUUGAAUCCCAGUUUUAUAUGAUCUCUGAUGCGAACAAGCGUGUAUAUGCAACGGGUGAUGUUUACCCGGAGGCUACAAAACUUCCCAAGGGAGAAUAUAUUCUGCAGCUGUAUCUGAGGCAUGAAAAUGUGCAGUUGCUGGAAAAGUUGAAGCAGCUUGUUUUGUUUAUUGAAAGAAACUUGGCGGAAAAGGAGGCCAUUCGGCUGAACUUCUAUUCUGAACCAGACGGUUGUGUCACGGGAAAUGGUGCCUUCAAAUCAUCUGUUUUAAUUCCUGGGAAAAAGGAAGCGUUUUAUGUGAGCCAACCCAUGAAGGAUAAGCUGCCCAAGAAUGCACCUCAAGGAUCUGUGUUGCUGGGAGAUAUCUCACACGGGAAAUUAUCAUUUGUUGAUAAAGAAGGGAAAAAUCCGAAAGAUAAUCCCGUUUCUUAUCAGAUAUCUUAUGUCGUUCCACCAAACAAGACAGAGGAAGAAAAAGGGAAAUUUUCUGCUCCAACUAGCGCUAAAUCUGUAUUGGAGCGCAUGGAGGAAGAGAUUCGUGACAGAAAGAUCAAGUUUCUCGGAAGCCUAAAACAAGAAACUGAAGAAGAGCGUUCAGAAUGGAAAAAGCUAUGUGGUUGUCUCAAGUCUGAAUACCCAAAAUAUACCCCACUGCUCGCUAAGAUAUUGGAAGGUCUGCUUUCUCGAUCUGAUGCUGAGGACAAAAUCAAUCACCAUGAAAAGGUUAUAGAUGCAGCAAACGAAGUGAUAGACAGUAUCGACACGGAUGAGUUGGCAAGAUUCUUGCCACUCAAACACGAUCCAGAUGAUGAGGAUGCUGAGAACUUAAAGAAGAAGAUGGAGAUGACCCGUGAUCAACUAGCAGAGGCAUUGUACCAGAAAGGGUUAGCUAUGGUGACCAUCGAGAAUCUGAAGGCGGAAAAGGAAGAAGAAGAAGAAAGCGGCGGCCGGAAAGAUCUAUUCGAAGAGAACUUCAAAGAACUGAUGAAAUGGGUCGAUGUGAAAUCGUCCAAGUUCGGUAAACUCAGUGUCCUACGCGAGAAACGGCUGUCACGCCUCGGGAUCGCGCUGAAGGUGUUGGAGGAAAUGAUUCAGAGCGAGAAUGAGCCUCCGAAGAAGGAACUGUACGAAAUGAAGCUGAAGUUGCUGGAGGAGUUGGGUUGGAGCCACUUGGUGGCCUAUGAAAAGCAAUGGAUGCUGGUCCGUUUCCCCACAAGCUCCCCUCUCUUUUAGAAAAAGCUUUUCGUCGAAAUAUCUCAUCAAAUUUGUCACGUUUUAGAUUAAAAAAAAACAAAAACAAAGGGUCUUGUUGUAGAACGAUCCGUGAUCUUCUUCAUAACACAUAAUUUUGUGACUUUCUAGGGUUUCUUUUCAUGAUCUCUUUGAACAUGUAUGAUCCUUAGUGGUUGUUAUUGGAUCAAAAACCUUA